UUUAAAAAUCAAACUUGCCUCGAUCCUCUUCGUCUGAAAAAGCCUGAAACGUUUCGGUUGCGUUUUCUUUACCCUCGACGAUCUCUCCGAUGUCAAUCCCGCCGUCUUCAGCUUCUUCUUCAUCAUCUUCAGCCUCUCAGUACACAUACGCUGCGAAUUCGUACUAUUCCGCGCCUUACCAGCCUCCACAGCCCUUCGUGGCGCCGUCGCCUCCUCCGGUUGCUACCAUUCCCGGAGCUACGGUCUAUCCUCAGCCUAUUGGCCCCGUUCCCGCCGUGUACUCUUACCCUCAGUACCAGGCGCAUCAGUUGUUCCAGAGAGAUGCACAAACCAUCACACCGGAAGCGCUUGAGAAUGUGAAAGCCGCUUUGGCUAGUAGCGAAACGGAACACAAGGCGGAAACUAAGAAGAGAGCUAUUCCUCGUAAAGCUGCUGGGCAGUCUUGGGAGGAUCCUACUCUUGCAGAGUGGCCUGACAAUGACUAUCGCUUGUUUUGUGGUGAUCUUGGGAAUGAAGUAAAUGAUGAUGUUCUUUCCAAGGCGUUUGCUCGAUUCCCCACCUUCAAUAUGGCCAAGGUCAUCAGAGAUAAGCGGACUGGUAAAACCAAGGGUUAUGGAUUUGUGAGUUUCUUAAAUCCUGCGGAUCUAGCUGCAGCCCUAAAAGAAAUGAAUGGUAAGUAUGUUGGGAAUCGUCCAAUCAAAUUAAGAAAGAGCAGCUGGAAAGAGAGAACAGAUCAGGAGGCUGCAGAAAGACAAAAGCAUCAUAGCAAUAAGAAACAAAAGACAGUGAAGAAGAAGAGCGUACUCCACAAGUGAUCAGUUCCCAUGGGAAAAAAAAAGCAGAAGAUAUCGUUGUAUUUUUCAACUUUUUUGUCGUACCAUUGUUGUACUUGUAACCAACUAAGUUUGAAUCUACACUAUCAUUUUAUAUAAAAAUAAAUUGAACUUGAAUUUA